AUGGGUGUGGCUGAUUUGAUCAAAAAAUUUGAAAGCAUUUCAAAAGAAAACGGUGACAGCAACGCUACCACCGUUUCUCCUCCAAAUGAAGUUGAAAGAACCAGCAAAGUUUCCAUUGAAGACGCAAAAGCAGAAAAUCCUAAAGUUCCAAAUGACGAACAAAGUAAUGAGAAUUCUCAAAGUCUUGCAGAUGGGGAAAAGCUCGAAGAAAAUGUAAUUGAACAAGAAGCGGACAAUGAACAAGAAAUGCCCCAAGAAGAAGAGCCUGUUUUAGAACAAGAAUCCGAAUCUGCAACAAAGGAAGCCGAAUUUACACUACCUGAAGAGGCCAAUAUUACUGAAGAACAAGAGGAGCAAAAGGAAGAAGAAAAAGAAGAAAAAAAUGAAUCUAAUCUUGCUGAACAUCAGACAGAAGCUGAAAAAGAAGCAGUUUCUGAAGCAGUUGAUAAUGUUCCAAUAAACGUCGAAGAUGAAUCAGAAAUGCAAGAAGACCACGUCGAUGUAAGUGUCAAUACUGAAGGAACCACCGAAGAUGCUGCUCCAGAAGGUUCUAAAAAUAAGAAAAAGAAGAAGAAGAAUAAGAAGAAAAAUAAGAAGAAGACCCAGUCUGAACCAGAACCUGGAGUAGCAGCAAACGUUGACGACUUAGAAGUUGUCGAUAAUUCAACGCUUGGCAUUGAUCAGGAUAAAACUAAAGAUGAGCUAGCUACGAUGGCUCAAGAAGCUAAGGAUGAAAUCUUAGAAAAUGUUGCACAUGAGGCACAAUCUGUUUCGCAAACCAAUCGAGAUGGCGAGUCCGAGAAUACUACAUCGUCCGAAAUGGAAAUUGAAGGAACUGAAAGUGUUCCAUCAAACAGACCUAGCCGUUUAGGUCGUGAUAAUCCCUUCGAGUUUGGUAAGAGAAACUUAACUGAAAAAUCUGAUGUUUGGGAUCAUAACGCUUGGGAUAAUGUGGAAUGGGGUGAUGAACAGGUGCAGCAAGCUAUGGAAAAAAUUGAGCAACAGAGACAAAAUCCAGUUUCAGAUUUUGACAAGAAAUUGUACAAUGGUAACCCAGCAAGGUACUGGGAUAUCUUCUACAAAAAUAAUAGAGAAAAUUUUUUCAAAGAUAGAAAAUGGCUUCAAAUAGAGUUUCCAAUUUUAUAUAGUACAACGAGAAAAGAUGCGGGCCCUGUGACGAUAUUUGAAAUUGGAUGUGGUGCAGGUAAUACUUUCUUCCCAAUACUGAGCCAGAAUGAAAAUGAAGAACUGAAGAUAGUAGCUGCCGAUUUUGCACCAAAGGCGGUUGAGUUAGUAAAAACAUCGCCAAGUUUCAAUCCAAAAUAUGGACACGCCACAGUUUGGGACUUGGCAGAUCCAGAAGGAAGACUUCCAGAUGGUGUUGAACCACACUCCGUUGAUAUCGCAGUUAUGAUUUUUGUUUUCAGUGCGUUAGCACCAGAACAAUGGGACCAAGCGAUGGAGAAUUUACACAGAAUUAUGAAGCCAGGUGGUAAAAUUCUUUUCCGUGAAUAUUCUUUUGGUGAUUUGACCCAAAUAAGAUUUAAGAAAAACAGAUAUCUGGAUGAUAACUUUUACGUAAGAGGAGACGGUACCAGAGUUUAUUUCUUCACAGAGGAUGAGCUAAGAACUAUAUUCACCAAGAAGAACUAUUUCAUCGAAAAUAAAAUUGCCACAGACAGAAGGCUUCUGGUUAAUAGGAAAAGAAAACUGAAAAUGUAUCGUUGCUGGAUUCAAGCAAUCUUUGAUGUCCCUAAAGAAGAUUAG